UAUUUCACCGGAACGCCGUCCGCCAUUUGUUGUCAUGUAACAGAAUCAUAGUGUUUGUUAACUCCUGAGAAUACCUGAGCCGGUAGGAUCGAGGACGCGAAUAUCUUUGGAAUUCGAUCGGUAUUAUCUGUAAAACGAUAAGCGAGAUAUAUGUCUGUGAAACGGAUAAUAUAUGUUAUGAAUGUGGAAGAGGUGUUACUUUACUUUAACAAGUUAACCGCCUAACCUGGUUAGGGGGUUGAUGAGGUCAGGACAGUGGUUGAGGUGUUUUGUUAGGUGCCUGAAUAUAUAUAGAGAGAGAGAUUUAUUUUGUCUUCAUAACAGUCAGCUGAUCGUAAGGAAACUGGCAUCAUGCCGUGUGAUCAGAGGGACACGGACAUUUCGGGGAAUACCGAUCUGUACUCACACAAGUAGGACCUAAUAUUUGUUUUCAAAGUGGAAUUGUAUUUUUGCUUGUUGAGUAUUCAGAUAACCUAUUUUAUCGUAUUUAGGCGAACAUAUUAGCUAAUCAAAAGAUCUCACAACAACAAUUUGACUAUAAUUAGAAUAGAAAAUAACCUAAUAUUCUCGAAGCAGUCAUGUCGGACUACACACAGAGGUCUCUGCCUUUUUGUCGGCGGCUGAGUUACGCUGUGGGACACUUUCUGAACGAUCUGUGUGCGUCCAUGUGGUUCACCUAUCUACUGGUGUACUACCACUCCGUGCUGGGCUUUCAGAACACCUAUGCAGGUGUGUUACUGCUGGUGGGGCAGAUAGCAGACGGGGUCUGCACACCCCUUAUCGGCUACGAGUCGGACCGGACGCCGGGCUGUGGGACGUACGGCAAGAGGAAGACAUGGCAUUUAGUGGGUACGGUCAGUGUGCUGAUGUCCUUUGCGUUCAUCUUUAAUCAGUGUCUGGGGUGUGACCAGUACACCUCUCAGUGGGUCAGCCUGACGUACUUCAUCCCGUUCAUCAUCAUCUUCCAGUUCGGCUGGGCUGCCACGCAGAUCUCACACCUGUCACUCAUCCCUGAGCUGGUGUCCUGCGAACACGCCAAGGUGGAGCUCACCGCUUACAGGUAUGCGUUUACAGUGAUGGCCAACAUAACAGUGUAUGCUGUGGCCUAUCUGCUGUUCCACUUCCAGACCGGAUCAGACGAGGACCCCUCUCUCACCGAGACCCUGGGGCCCAUAGAUAUCCCUAUAUUCAGGAACCUGAGCCUCAUCGUGCUGGGUAUCGGUGCCCUUUUCUCUGUCCUCUUCCACCUGGGCACACGGGAAGAGAAGGGGGGAGCAGGGGAAGAGAAGAGGGAGGAGGAGGAUGAUGAUGAAGAGGAAGGAGAGCGUCGGCCCCUCAUCCCUCGCCCUCAGGGUGCCACCCCUGUCCAGUCGCUGCUGAGGUGGAAAUGCUGGCUGAAACAACCUUCCUUUUACCAGGUAGCGUUUCUCUACAUGUCCACCAGACUGAUAGUGAACCUGUCUCAGACUUACAUCUCCAUGUAUCUUACCAACACUCUCAUGCUGCCAAAGAAAUACAUUGCUACUAUUCCCCUGGUGAUGUACGUCAGCGGCUUCGCUUCCUCUUUCAUCAUGAGGCCUAUCAGCAAACUCAUCGGCAAAUGUAUGACCUACUUCGUGGGCCUGCUGCUGAUCAUGGCCUUCUCUUAUUGGGUGUUGGUAGACGACCAGAUGGGUGACCAGAUCUACGGGGCGUCCGUCCUUCUAGGGGUGGGGUCAGCUACCAUCCUGGUGAUGUCACUCUCCAUGACCGCUGACCUCAUCGGGGACCAGACGCAAAGUGGAGCGUUUGUUUACGGGGCGAUGAGCUUCACUGACAAGGUGGCCAACGGAGUAGCUGUUAUGAUGAUACAGACUCUACACCCCUGCCAUACUCAGGUCUGCUGUCCAGCGUGUGUGUGGUACUACCACUAUGUCAUGGUCAUAGCAACAGGAGGCGUGGCCGUCGUUGCAGCUCUCAGUCUCUGUACCAUCCUUGUCUGGCCUAUCGGGAUCGUCCGCCAGACAGACGUGAAGAACAUAGACAAUCCUAACUACGAUUGGGUGGUUCCAGUGGGGCGGGGCCAGGGUCUGCCUUACAUCACAGGUCUGAUGGGCAGCGAGGAUCAGGACAUCUCUGAGGACAACUCUUACCAGCCUAGACCAACGGUCAACUAAGGAACUACUGCUGGUAGAGGUAUGGUGGACAGGGUUAACUGGACCCUGCUCUACUGAAGUAGAGACCAGGACCAGGGCUCUACUGAAGCAGAGACCAGGGCUCUACUGAAGCAGAGACCAGGGCUCUACUGAAGCAGAGACCAGGGCUCUACUGAAGCAGAGACCAGGGCUCUACUGAAGCAGGGGCCAGGGCUCUACUGAAGCAGGGGCCAGGGCUCUACUGAAGCAGGGGCCAGGGCUCUACUGAAGCAGGGACCAGGGCUCUACUGAAGCAGGGACCAGGGCUCUACUGAAGCAGGGACCAGGGCUCUACUGAAGCAGGGACCAGGGCUCUACUGAAGCGGAGACCAGGGCUCUACUGAAGCGGGGACCAGCCAGUCCCACGUAUCCCUGGGUGAAUAACCACUGCAGAACCCAGCUUCUCUCUUCAGGGAUUAUAGUUUAGCUCUGUGGCCUCUCCAGGACCUCUCCAAGACUCACUCAGGCAUCUUAAACUCUCAGCUGGAACAACAAACAUUUAGACAGAGAAGUAAUCUCACCGGAGUGUUCACAAACAGCCAAGUGGACCAGCAGUAGUUCCUCUGAACUGAAAGAAUCAAAAUACUUUUCUUCUGGACCUGACCAGUAGCUGUUCUGUUCUGUAGGUGAGUUGGGUGGAACAGUAGCCAUCAGGUCCCAUUUCUACUAUAGAUCAAAACGUUGCUAUGCUGUCACAGAGUAAAUGGUCAUUUAGCAGAGUAUCGGUCAAUACAGUGAACACUAUUACUGUCAACAUGAGGGAGGCUAUACAGUAACAGUCCAUUCGCUCUCUCGCUCUCUCUCGCUCUCUCUCGCUCUCUCUGUUUCUCUCUCUGUUUCUCUCUCUGUUUCUCUCUCUGUUUCUCGCUCUGUUUCUCGCUCUGUUUCUCGCUCUCUCUGUUUCUCGCUCUCUCUGUUUCUCGCUCUCUCUGUUUCUCGCUCUCUCUGUUUCUCGCUCUCUCUGUUUCUCGCUCUCUCUGUUUCUCGCUCUCUCGCUCUCUGGCUCUCUCAAUCAGCACCUUCUCACAGUCAUACUGCGGUUGAUUCAGUCGGUUCAUUCGGCCGGUUGCUUUGGCCGGUCGGUCCAGUCGGUCGGUCGGUUCAACAGUGCCUAUAUGAUUGAGUAUAUAUAUCUACACUGAUACACAUGGAUCCAGAAGACUUACAUACCACUCUUGAGAAAAGUCCUAAUAAUACACUAUUAUACCAUCUGUUGUGAAUGUCCCAAAACAAAUACUGAUUACAGCCCGCUGGGCAUACACUGGUUGAAUCAGCGUUGUUUCCACGUCAUUUCAAUGAAAUUACAUUGAACCAAUGUGGAAUAGACGUUGAAUUGACGUCUGCCCAGUGGGAGGUGCCAUGUCAAUCGGGAAAAGCUUUUGUUUUGAGGUACGUUCUCUUUGUAAAUGUAGUUAUUGUGUGUUUUUACUAGAGUGUUGGGAACAUUUAAUUCCAGUGGUAAUCAUUAGUGUUGUAGUAAUAAUACCACAUUGUGUUGCUUUAAACUAAAUCAUGUUGUGUGUUUUUGAUUACAUGUUCUAGUGUAAAUUAAUGUUGCAAGUAAAAUAAGGAUUUGUGGGGGCAUUUAUUAAAUGAAACGAAUCAGGAUUUAAGCAGUAGCCAAUGUGAAAAUGGAUACUUUGCAAUAUGGAUAAACUGAAUGGAAUUUAUACUGAGCAAAAAAUAUAAACGCAACAAUUUCAACCAUUUUACUGAGUUACUGUUCAUAUGAAUUUAUUAGGGACCUAAUCUAUGGAUUUCACAUGACUGCGCAGGGGCAAAGCCAUGGGUGGACCUUGGCAAAGGAGAAAUGCUCACUAACAGGGAUGUAAACAAAUUGUGCUCAAAAUUAGAUAGAAAUAAGCUUUUUGUACUUAUGGAACAUUUCUGGGAUUUUUUGUUGUUGUUUUCAGUUCAUGGGACCAACACUUUACAUGUUGCGUUUUUUUAUAUUUUUGUUCAGUAUAUAUGAAUAGUAGAAUAUAUUUUCUGUUGAUAUUCCACUCAGGUUACUGGACAGAAAGAUGAUUCUACGUCUCAAACAAUAGAACUAGAAUCAUUAGAGUAUAAAUAAUUUUAAUUCUAUGGAGAAAACAUUUUUUUUGCACAGGGCAACUAGGAAACUGCCUUUAUAGGAAAACAUUUUAUUUUAUCUCUUGAGAAAUAUUUUUGUAUUCAUUUUGCUUUUUAUUUCCAAUAUAUUGCGAAGUGACUAAUUUUUUUUUUCUUUAUUUUUUUUUUCUUCCUACUGUUCAUAUCAUGCUCAUUCAUUGGGAAGUAUAUUAAACAUAUUUCAUACUACUCUCA